AAAUGGCCCAAACGACCGCCCCAGCAACGUCCAUCCAUGAUGAGGACUCCUCUGAAAGCAGAAUGGUGGUUACGUUCCUCAUGUCAGCACUUGAGUCAAUGUGUAAAGAACUUGCCAAGUCCAAGGCAGAAGUUGCCUGUAUUGCCGUAUAUGAAACAGAUGUGUUUGUAGUUGGAACCGAACGAGGAAGAGCCUUUGUCAAUUCUAGGAAAGAUUUCCAGAAGAAUUUUGUUAAAUACUGUGUUACAGAAGAGGAGAGGGCUGCAGAGCUGCAGAAAACAAAGACUGUGCCCCCUGUAAACAGACUGACAGUGGAUGCUGUGGAGCUGGAAGCUCUCAGGAAGUCUGUGGAGGACUUCUUCUGCUUUUGCUACGGAAAAGCUUUAGGAAAGUCAACGGUGGUACCUGUGCCCUAUGAGAAGAUUCAGAGGGACCAGUGUGCGGUGGUGGUGCAGGGUCUGCCCGAGGGGCUUGCCUUUAAACACCCGGCAAAUUACGAUGUUUCCACCCUGAAAUGGAUUUUGGAAAACAAGUCAAGGAUCUCAUUUAUCAUCAAAAGGCCUUUCCUCGAGCCAAAGAAACACCUAGGAGCCCAUAUGACAGAUCCUUCACAUUCAAUUAUACCUCCAGGUGGAAGUUGUCCUAUUCAAGUGAAAAUGGAACCAAGUGAAGAUUCUGGAAUUUCUUUGGAAAUGACAGCAGGCACAGUGAAGGAGGAAUCAGAUGAUCCUGACUACUAUCAGUAUAAUAUUCCAGCAGGUCCUUCCGAAACAUCGGAGAUGGAUGAAAAAAUUGCUCUUGCAAAAAGUUACACAGAUUCCUCCCAGCACGCCCCUUCUGAAACCAGUGAGGAUCCGGAGGUCGAGGUCACCAUCGAAGAUUCCUCCCAGCACGCCCCUUCUGAAACCAGUGAGGAUCCGGAGGUCGAGGUCACCAUCGAAGAUGAUGAUGACUACUUGCCCCCUAACAAGAGACCCAAGACCAGCGAGUCAGCUAAUGAAGCUGCCACCACUGGGAAAAGAAAAGUGAGAGAGUUCAAUUUUGAGAAAUGGAACGCGCGAAUUACCGACUUGAGAAAGCAAGUUGAGGAACUGUUUGAAAAAAAAUAUGCUCAAGCCAUCAAAGCAAAAGGUCCCGUGUCUAUCCCAUACCCACUCUUCCAGUCUCAUGUUGAAGACUUAUAUGUGGAAGGGCUGCCAGAAGGAAUUCCCUUCAGGCGGCCAUCCACGUACGGCAUUCCCCGGCUCGAGAGGAUACUUCUAGCAAAGGAGCGGAUCCGGUUUGUGAUCAAAAAGCAUGAGCUUUUGAAUUCAACACGGGAAGAUGUGCCAUUGGACAAACCGGUUGCAGGAGUGAAAGAGGAGUGGUAUGCCAGAAUCACCAAACUCAGAAAGAUGGUAGACCAACUCUUCUGUAAAAAGUUUGCCGAGGCCAUGGGGAGCACCGAGCCCAAAGCUGUUCCCUACCAGACGUUUGAGGCCCAUCCUACUGACCUCUAUGUUGAAGGGCUGCCAGAGAACAUCCCCUUUAGGAGUCCCUCCUGGUAUGGGAUCCCUCGCCUUGAAAAAAUCAUUCAAGUGGGCAACAGAAUAAAAUUUGUAAUCAAAAGACCGGAGCUGCUCACUCUGACUUCACCCGAAGUGAUUCAGCCCACGUCGAACACCCCAGUCAAAGAAGAUUGGAACAUCAGGAUCACAAAGCUAAGAAAGCAGGUAGAAGAGAUAUUUAAUACAAAGUUUGCCCAAGCUCUGGGGCUUUCAGAGGCAGUGAAAGUUCCCUAUCCUGUAUUUGAGUCGAACCCUGAGUACUUGUACGUCGAGGGCUUGCCAGAAGGAAUCCCCUUCCGUAGUCCCACCUGGUUUGGAAUUCCACGCCUUGAAAGGAUUGUCCGAGGGAGUGGCAAAAUCAAGUUUGUUGUUAAAAAGCCUGAGCUUGUCACUUCCUAUUUGCCCCCAGGACUGGCGAGUAAAAUAAACACAAGAGCAAUGAGUCCAAAGAGUUCAAAAAGGUCACAAAGUCCUGCAGGCAAUUCAAAUGUUCCAGAGAUUGAAGUUACUGUUGAAGAAGGUCCUAAUAAGUCACAAACAACAGAUGUGCGAACUAAUUCUCAAACCAAUGGGUCCAAUAUAACUUUCAAGCCACGAGGAAGAGAGUUCUCUUUUGAGGCGUGGAAUGCCAAAAUUACUGACUUAAAACAGAAAGUCGAAAAUCUUUUUAAUGAAAAAUGCGGGGAAGCUCUGGGGCUGACGAAACCAGUGAAGGUGCCAUUUGCAUUGUUUGAAUCCUUCCCGGAGGUGUUCUACGUGGAGGGACUCCCCGACGGGGUGCCGUUCCGCCGACCUUCCACGUUUGGAAUUCCAAGGCUAGAGAAGAUCCUGAGAAACAAAGCUAAGAUAAAAUUCAUUAUUAAGAAGCCUGAGAUGUUUGAGGCAGCUGUUAAGGAAAGUUCUGCUAUGAGCCCCCAAAGAAAGAAUAAUUCAUCUAAUAUAGCCAAUACAGCAAGCACCACAACAAACACAGUGGUGAACACAGCUGCAGGUGUUGAAGAUCUUAACAUCAUUCAAGUAACUAUACCAGAUGAUGAAAGCGAGCGACUGUCAAAAGUAGAAAAGGCCAGACAAUUGAGAGAGCAAGUAAACGAUCUUUUUAGCCGGAAAUUUGGUGAGGCCAUUGGUAUGAAUUUCCCCGUGAAAGUGCCGUACAGGAAGAUCACCAUCAACCCCGGCUGCGUGGUGGUGGACGGGAUGCCCCCCGGCGUGGCGUUCAAAGCUCCCAGUUACCUGGAAAUCAGCUCAAUGAGGAAGAUUUUGGAAUCGGCAGAGUUCAUCAAAUUUACUGUCAUUCGACCAUUUCCAGGACUUGUGAUUAACAAUCAGCUGAUGGAGAAAACAGAAGCAGAGGCACCACCAGCAGCUCCAGCAGCAGCACCAGUGCUCCCAGAUCCAGCUGAACCAAGCCAAAUAGAAGUAUCUGCAGGAGAUAUUAAAGAAACAGAAGAAAAUUCUCAAAUAAAGCAGGAACCAGACCCAACGUGGUAGACCUCAUCGACACUGGUCAGAAGCUUCCAGUUGAGAGAAGAGCCUGCCGGGACUGUCUUGAGCUGUGUAAUAUAACUGUAUAAGAGAAGUACCUUCUAUACAAAUCCUUUUUGUACUUUUAGAUAGAAAUGUCUACUUUUUCAGCAGUUCUGUGAAUUGACUUAAAGCAAAGAAUGACUGUAGAUUUGGAAUGGCUGGUUUUACUUCGGAAUAUAUUAUAAGGACGAAAUUGGAUGCAGCAAUGCCGGGGAGAUGACAGGGAUGAAUAUCCACAAAGACUUACCAGAGGCUGUCAACAUUUCCCAAGAAAGCUGAAUUUCACUGCACCUGAACGCGUCGCAGCUUCUGUAAUGAAGAAAAAUUCCUGCAGGUAGUUCAGUUUGUUAGUUUUACUUUGGGGGGGAGGGAGGGAGUGGAAAUCAUUGAUUUUUGGUUCUUACUCCUUUAAUGGCUUACUGGACAAUAGUAUCUGUAUAUUUGAACUAAUUUUUCCGAGGAUAUCUAUCACAAUUCCUACGUUUUUCAUAAAUAAAAGAUAAACUGGCUCACAUGACCGUUAGUACGCGUUAAUGAGAUGGACUGUGAAAUGGUCAGUAUUUCGGUGUGUGGAUUAGGAAACCAAACUCAAUUAAACCCUGUUAUAGUUUGUUCCGUUAAUUCAAUGUAGUUUAAGUGCAUGUUUUACCGGAAUAUCACG